GCUGCAGCAAGAGGGGAACCAGCCACUGGUCGUCGUGCAGCCAGGAGGUGCGAACCCCAGGCAGAUGCCUCCGCAACAGGCUGCGGCUGCCGCGGCCGCGACAGGGUACAAUUAUGUACAAGGAGUUGUACCGCCACAGAAUAAUGUUGUGGGGUAUACUAGCCCGCAGCAGCAGGCGGGAGGCCAGACUGGAUACUACAACUCCCCGACGAAGAACUACCCGUAUGCAACCUACCAGCAGGAGGGAGACCCAGGACUCACGCAGCAGAUAUCCAGGAAAAAACACCAAUCCCCAUCCAUUUUUUACAUGACAAAUAGUGGACUUUAUGCAUGUUUUGCAUGACAAAUUGGAUGGGGAUGGGUGUUUUUUCCUGGAUAGUAGAUGAUGGCUCCCUACUAUCCGCAGGGUCCUCGUGGACAGCCGCAGGAUACGCAACAGCAGCAGUACCUGGCUGGUGGCCCCGUGUUGUAUCAGGAAAACGGGCCUCAGUACUACACCCCUGGACCAGCGCAGCAGCAGCAGCAGCAACAGCAGCAGCAACAGCAGCCGCCGCCGUCAAACUUACCUGCUGGCCCUGGAACGGCCGCCGGUGCGACAGCACCCGCCGUGACUGCCAGCGUGCCGACGUUUCUGUACAAUGCCCAGCCGCAGCAAUCCUUCAUAGCGCCGAUGGAUCAACAGACCCCUGCAGCAGGCGUAACGCCUAUGCAGGAGUUUCAGCCUCAGAAUACGGCGCAGCUGGCGGGAGGUGGAUCGCAGGACGCAUCGCAAACUGCCGUAUCCACGCAACAAGAGCUGCACCAGACGAGCACUUCUACUGCGCAACCAAAGGAGCCGGCCGCGACGGCCUCCUCUUCUGCUCAUGCCGGCAAGAGCUCUGCGGAUCAUGGCAAUUCAAAUUCCGUUUCUCUCACGGAAACUGGUCGACAGGAGGAAGAACAGAGCGGCCCUGCUGGUUCUUCGAAGGUGCCGGCACAAGUCGUACAGGCCGGCCUGAACCUGGCCGUGCAGUCCUACCAGGAUGUGGCUGCCGCGCAGGUUCUCACCAUCACGGUGGCCGCAAGACUGGACAUCAACGUCGCGAACACUCUAUGCCUUGCAAAAGUGAAGUAUCGUUCUAGAAGUGGAGGUCGUAGCAAGUGCAAUAGUACAAAUGGGCUGAGCAUGAGAUUUGGUACUUGUCAUGUCGAUUUAGCUCGGGACGACGAUUUGUAUUGCAUUCUUCCUUGUGAGGAUCAGUACGAGUACGAUACUUUUGCACAGAAUAAACCCAGUUGAAGACCUUCGAGGAGGCAUGGCCGUGGACCGGACUUUCCGAUAACGACAUGGACUAUUUUCUGCAACUUCUGGCCGCCAACCUGCUCCGUUCCGGCUUGACGCACAUUCGCGUCGCCAACCCCUUUCGCUCCUUCCCGGGACCGGCGACCCAGGGGCAGGGAGGUGCGAGUAGCAGUACUACAACUGCGACCUUCAAGGUAACUGGAGGCGAAAAUGGCGCUGUCGGCGGAACAAACAAGAAGAAUUCCGGCGGAGGUGGUCCAGAUCCGAUCAUCCUACUGCCACCGUUGAAGCCGCCGCCCCCCGCGCCCGCAC